AGAAAUUUUGAAAAAGUCAAAUUCUGAAUCUCUCUCUCUCUCUUUGUCCCUCUAUUCUCCCCAUCCCUUCUUCCUCUUUAUAAAGACUUUUGGGUGCCCAUAAUUUGUGAUAGCUCGUUUGGUUCAUAAUUCAUUCUUAGCUUAUUUGACAAAGCAUAUAAUUUUUUUCAUACUUCAUUCAUUCAUUCUCUUUAUCCUAAUCUUGUGUCGGUGUUAUGGCUAAUCAUUCACCAACCAAUGGCAACAAUGACAUAGUUUUGGAUAUCAAUGAUCCCACAAAAAGUUGUAACGACUCCUCAGGAUUUAAAGAUUGUGUCCCUCUUUUGCAGAAGUUGGUAGCAGAGGUGGUGGGAACAUUCUUCUUGAUAUUUGCAGGGUGUGCUGCUGUUGUGGUGAACCUUAACAAUGACAAAGUGGUAACACUUCCUGGAAUUUCAAUUGUUUGGGGUCUCGCUGUUAUGGUUUUGGUUUAUUCUGUUGGUCACAUUUCCGGUGCUCAUUUCAAUCCAGCCGUUACCAUUGCUCAUGCUACAACCAAAAGGUUCCCACUUAAGCAGGUACCAAGUUAUAUAGUAGCUCAAGUUCUUGGAUCUACACUUGCAAGUGGAACACUUAGACUUAUAUUCAAUGGCAAGGAAAACCAUUUUGCUGGAACACUCCCUGCUGGUUCUGAUCUUCAAGCUUUUAUAAUUGAAUUCAUAAUCACUUUUUAUCUUAUGUUUGUCGUUUCUGGAGUUGCCACUGACAAUAGAGCGAUUGGUGAAUUGGCUGGACUUGCGGUUGGAGCUACGGUACUUCUAAACGUGUUGUUUGCCGGGCCAAUCACUGGAGCAUCAAUGAAUCCGGCAAGAAGUUUAGGACCUGCUCUUGUUCACAGAGAGUUUAGAGGACUAUGGAUAUAUUUAGUGUCACCAACUCUUGGUGCAGUGGCCGGUACAUGGGCGUAUACUUUCAUCCGAAUCACAAACAAGCCGAUUCGUGAAAUUAGUAAGAGUGCCUCUUUCCUUAAAGCAGUAGGAAAUGGCGGAGCUAAGUGAUUUAUCAAGAAAUGCGCGAUCGAGGUUUUAUAUAUCUUCGAUUUGAAUUUACGAAGAUCAUUAUGUGUUGCAGUUUUUUUUUUUAACUGUGUCUGUAGUUAAUUUAGAGUGCAAAUAACUAUGUAAUUUACACUACUAGAGAAAUUUGGUACAACUUUUAUUCAAAAUCAAUUUAUCUCACCGGAUGAUAUAAUUCUAAGCGUGUGUUUGGAUGAGGGUUUCAAAUCAAUCAAUAAAUCGGCUUCCCACGCAAUGCAA